GGAUUGACAACCGUAUUCUGCUGCUGUGUGAACGUGGCAUUGUUAUUACUAACAUAGUAUCUUAAUUUUCCAUAUAGAAUGCUUUCUGGGUGGCAAAUUUAUUUAUUAGGAUUGCGCUGACCAUCCUGCACUUGUAGAUGUGUAUUAUAGAGCCGUCCAGUACCAGUUUGUUCUCCAUAUAUUCUGUCAAAAUAAACAACUCCUGCAGAAAUGGUUGCUCGGACUCAUGUUCCUAUUGUCUUGUAGGUACUUGAGCUCAGAGAGCCUGCAGGAGGAGAAGUCCUGGCCUGCACUGGAUGACAGGCGUGUGGAGGAGGAGAGCUCCACCCUGCAGCACACCCUCCACAACCUCAAGGUGCAGCUGGUGUCCGAGCGAGCCCGGCGGGUGGAGGCCGAGCACGAGACGGAGCUGACGGUGCAAGAAAACAGUGCUCUGGAGGAGCGUCUGAGUCUGCUGGAGGGAGCGCGCCGUCGACAGGCCGAGCUGGAGGCCGAGGUGGAGGAGCUCCGGCAGCUGUGGCGCUCUGAGUCGUCCGGCGCAAGACUGACAGACGCGCUGCUGCCCGACAGCGUUUUCUUCGCCGUGGGGGCGGGGCACGAGGAGGAGGAGGAGCCGGAGGUGGAGCUUUCUCAGGGGAGGCGGCGCUGCAGCAGUGAGAGUUACGUCCGCGGGGCUCAAGCUGAGGAUAUCCGGCGUGGACACGAGCGCACGUGCAUCCGCCGAGCUCAAGCGGUGAAGCAGCGCGGGAUCUCGCUUCUCAACGAGGUGGACGCGCAGUAUAGCGCGCUUCAGGUGAAAUACGAAGAGCUGCUCCGUCGCUGCCAGCAGGGGGCAGACAGCCUCAGCCACAAAGCCGUCCAGACGCCCACCGCUCCUGCGCAGCGCCGCAAAAGCCAGGCAACCACAACAACAGACACCAUCUGCCUCGCAGACGAGCUCCAUCAGCCAGAAUACAAGGCCCUGUUUAAAGAAAUCUUCACCUGCAUUCAGAAAACCAAAGAGGACCUGAGUGAGAACAGGGCCGGGCAGAGUCAGUGAGUUGGCAGUAUUAUACAUCUUCAGUGUAGUGAUCUUCAGCGCUUCUGAAUGAACUUGAUGGACGUGUUGAGAGUUUUAAUAGCGCCGUGGUCUUCGUUUGUGUCGAUUGCACUAUAAAAACCUGUGCCUAUACGCAACACCAAACCGUCCACAUCCAAAACUGCAAAUGCAGUAGACCUGAACGGUGUUUUUGUACUUUUCUAAGUCUUAUUCCAAUGAUUGAGGCACACGGGAUGUGUGGAUCUCUGCGAUACAGCCAUAUGUGACACCCGAGUGCAUCUGUGCUUGGGGUUUGAAAGCACAUCUUGAUUUCGUAGAACCACAUCUGUGCGGAAGGUCAAGACUUAACCAUCCAAUGUGCAGAAGGUAGACUAAAUUAUUAUUACUAACGCCUAACACAGUUAACGAAUUAACUACUUGAUGUAAAUCAUACGUCUGAUAGGGUGGAUCUCACAAAACCAAGAACGAGAAGUUUCACCCCAAAAUCAAAAUAAAUAUAGUAAAUUAAGCCAGUUUUUAGGACCAUUUGUUUUGC